AUGGCUGCCUCCUGGUCUGAAAUAUUUCCUCCUGCACCGGCCUGGACAGAAAAAGACAUGACCUCCCAAGCGGGCCGUGUUUUCCUCGUCACAGGCGGCAGCACAGGAAUCGGCUACGAAACAGCAAAAGCCCUUUACCACCUUAACGGCACCGUCUACAUAACCUCACGCUCUUCUUCGUCGGCCGGGUCCGCAAUCACUUCAAUAAAAGCCUCGUCCCCGCAUCUAUCUCAAAUCGUUCCUCCCGGGCAAGGAAGAAUUGAUUUUGUGGUCAUGGAUUUUUCCGAUCUCAGCACGCUUCAGCAGGCAGCUAAAGAAUUCAUGAGCAAGGUCAACAGACUUGAUGCAAUAAUCCACAAUGCAGGUGUAAUGCUCCCCGACAAUCCAGACGAGACCACCACACAGGGCUGGUAUCAACAGUUGGGAAUCAACGCCCUAGCCCCUUUCCUCCUCCAACUCUUCCUCAACCCACUCGUCCUUCACACCGCCUCUCUGCCCACCACACCACCCAACUCAGUCCGCAUAAUCUUCCUCUCUUCCUCUGGGCACCAGGCUGCACCGUCUCCUGACGGAGUCGCCUGGUCUGAUAUCAAUCUCGCCCACACAACGAAAACAGGAUUAAGGAAAGAAGCGGAACGGUACGGCCAAUCCAAAGCAAUGAACUGCAUGUUUGCCUAUGAAUUCGCGAGAAGAUACAAGGGGAAAGGGUCUGGGAUAGUGAGUUUGAGUCUCCAUCCUGGAGCGUUGAAGACUGGAUUGCAGAAAAAUGCCCCAGGGUGGCUUAACCUCCUUUUCGGGAUACUGCGAAAAGAGGCGAGGUUUGGUGCACUCACAGUUCUCUGGGCUGGUAUUCGGGAAAUCGAAGAGGGAGAUGCGAAUAUGCUUGGCAUAAAGAAUGGCAAGAAUGGAGGUUACGUCGAACCAUUUGGGAGAUGGGGCGGUGGUAGCAAAGAUAUAUUCGAGGGACUGAUGGAGAGAGGGACCGGAGAACGACUCUGGGGUGUUUGCGAGGAGUUAGUGAAGGGUUUUCGAUAGACUUGCAAUCCUACUUGGAAUGUAAUAAAGUCUGAAUUGGAAUAGGAAUAUCGGACUGGUCGCCUAUCUUAGCAGACUUCCUUGUA